AUAUACUGUUCAAAAGGGAAGCAACAACACUUUUUUGAAAUAUAGAUGAAAGAGCGGACGACUUUAAAGAUUUAAAGCCUUGAUAUCGUGCUAUUUUGCUGCUGACAAAGAUUUAAAAUAGAAGAUUAUUGAUUUAAAGAUUCGCUAUUUUUUCAAUAGUUAUAAAAUAAUCAACAAACAAUGGAGAAAACAACUCAAAUCACUCAAAUAACUCAAGUAACUCAGAUCAACAACUAUACAAAUAAUUCCAGUCCAGGUUUAAGAGAGAAAAGUCUUAAAACAUGGGGUCUUGUCGCCCUUGUUUUAUUCUACGCUCUUAUCGUUGUUAUAGGGAUAAUUGCUAGCUGCUGUAGAAGACGUAAGGUAUCGGGUACCAAUAAAGAGGAUUUGAUGCUGGCAGGAAGAAACAUUGGACUAUUAUUAGGAACUUUCACCAUGACUGCCACAUGGGUUGGUGGAGGUUAUAUUAACGGCACAGCGGAAAGUGUUUAUACGAGUGGGUUAAUAUGGGCCCAAGCGCCCAUUGGAUAUUCAAUAAGCCUGUGUUUAGGGGGUCUAAUCUUUGCGAAGUCAAUGAGAAAAGCAGGAUAUGUAACUAUGUUAGAUGCUUUUGAAGCUCGGUUUGGACGAAUAAUGGCUGCUUUACUCUAUAUACCAGCACUUAUGGGCGAAAUAUUUUGGUCUGCAGCUAUUUUAAAUGCUCUUGGAGCUAGUUUGUCAGUUAUAAUAGCCUUGGAUCAUAAAUGGUCCAUAAUUAUAUCAGCUGGAGUAGCCAUCACAUAUGUGUUGUUCGGAGGGUUAUUUUCAGUUGCAUUCACAGACGUUAUUCAAUUAUUUUGCAUAUUAAUUGGCUUAUGGCUGGCCAUACCUUUUGCACUUACAAAUUCUGCAACUAGAAGCAUAAGUGAUACAUUUACAACUUGGUGGGAUGCAGACCAACUUCCAGAAAAAGAAGGAUGGUCUUUGUGGUCCGAGAAUGCCUUAUUAUUAAUAUUUGGAGGUAUACCUUGGCAAGUAUAUUUUCAAAGAGUUUUAUCAGCAAAAAAUGAACGGGUAGCUCAGUUAUUGUCAUUUUUCGGUGCACUCGGUUGUUUAAUUAUGGCCAUUCCUGCCAUUUUAGUUGGUGCAAUAGCAAAAUCAACUAAAUGGAAUGAAACAGAUUAUAAAUAUUACGGGAAGCUAAAAAUGGAAAUGGUUGCUGGUCAACAGCAAGCAAUGCCAGAUGCUAGUUCUUCUUUGAUUUUGCCUUAUGUCCUAGAAUAUUUAACGCCAGUUCCAGUAGCGGUCAUAGGCCUAGGAGCUAUUAGUGCUGCAGUGAUGUCUUCGGCUGAUUCUUCUAUUCUCUCGGCUUCUUCCAUGUUUGCAAAAAAUAUCUAUGAUCCUUUGAUGUCUGUUUGCUUUCGUCGAAACGUAAAAGAUCGAGAAUUAAUCUGGAUUGUUAGAUUGGCUAUUUUCUUUAUAGCAGCAGCCGCCUGUGCAUUAGCUAUCCAGAUAGAUUCAGUUUAUACUCUUUGGUACCUCAGCUCUGAUCUGUGCUACGUAAUCAUUUUACCUCAGUUAAUUUGUGCUGUACAUGUUCCAUACACAGAAAAAUGGGGUUCAAUUGCAGGUUUUCUUGUCGGUAUUUUCUUCAGAUUAUCCGGAGGUGAUAAAGACUUGGAUAUUCCUGCACUUAUUGAAUAUCCCUAUUACGAUGCAGGAACUCAAAACUUCCCUUAUAAAACAUUAUCGAUGCUGAUAAGUCUUAUAACAUUACUUCUAGUAUCAGCUAUCAGCUACUUAUAUAAGAAAAAAUCGGGAAGAAGGCAUAGUUUUGAGUUUGUAGCCUACGGUUCAACAGUUGAUAAAGUUAAAUAUUGA